AUGUUGUCAGCUCGUCCUGUUUUACGUAGUGCUGCUCGUUCAGUUGCUGCCGUUUCUAGAAACUUACGUGUCGUAUGUAUAAAAUUGUUUGAAUAGCCGUCGACGGGAGAAUUGAUUGAUUGAGAGCCAGGAAGGAGAGGGAAGUGAAUUGAGGUGAAUAAGAGGCCAAGGGAGAGAUACGAAGGUGUAAUGAUGACGGAGGGAAGAUGAAUGACGAAUUGAAACUAGCCGCCGGGGAAAAGUGAAAAGUUGGCGAUUGGGGUGAAAACUGAAAAUAAUCAAUCAAUUGUGCCAGAGCGGAUGGUGUCGGGAGAGUAGCGACACCGAAUCAAGACUAGGAAGAUAUACUAACGGAAAAUAGGCUCGUCCAACUCAAUUAGCCACUAGAUGUUACGCUUCUACCAAGGCUGCACCAACUGAAGUUUCUUCUAUUUUAGAAGAAAGAAUCAGAGGUGUCUCUGACGAAGCCAACUUGAACGAAACCGGUAGAGUUUUGUCUGUUGGGUAUGUAUACAUUGAAUAUUGAUUGAUGGUGGUGGAUGGUGUGGUGGAAGGACCAAGUCGCGGGCUUGAAUCGCACCCGACCAAUUAGAAUUUAAUAAAUUCCCAGCGAGUGAAAAAUCCCACCACCAUUUAUCCGACCAACAUAACACUUCUAGACUCUUAUACUAACAAUUAUAGUGAUGGUAUUGCCCGUGUUUUCGGUUUAAACAACUGUCAAGCCUCUGAAUUGGUUGAAUUCACCUCCGGUGUUAA